UUAUUUAAAUAAAAAUGGCCGCCGCAGAGAGCGGAGAGGAGAGACUCAGAGGUGAGGACAAGAAUGAAGACCAGGAGGGCUCAAAAGACAAGACGCAGAAGCAUAAGAAAAGCAAAAAGGAAAGGCAUGAUGUGGAAAAACUGGAGACCACAGUCUCUGUUCCUCCGCCCCCGUCUCUCUUUACGCAGAGGGAUGUCGGACAGCAGGCAGAGGCAGGGAAGUCUGAACCCAUUGACCCUGAAGUUGGAGCUGCUCUCAGCGCUCCAGAAUCUUCCGCAUCGGCCAAGCAGCGGCGGUCUGUCAUUCGGGACAGAGGCCCAAUGUAUGAAGAUCCUUCGCUGCCUCAGGGCUGGACACGCAAGCUGAAACAGCGCAAAUCAGGGCGCUCCGCUGGCAAAUUUGACGUCUACCUUAUCAACCCAGAAGGGAAAGCCUUCCGUUCCAAGGUGGAGCUCAUGGCAUACUUCCAAAAGGUUGGCGAUACCAUUACAGAUCCCAAUGACUUUGACUUCACGGUCACGGGCAGGGGAAGCCCGUCUCGCAGAGAAAAAAGACCGCCAAAAAAGCCUAAAAUGGUCAAACCCUCUGGACGUGGAAGGGGGCGGCCUAAAGGUAGCGGCAAGGUACGACAGGCUACAGAAGGGGUGGCGGUGAAACGCGUCAUAGAAAAGAGUCCAGGAAAACUCUUAGUAAAGAUGCCCUUUGUGGCCCCCAAAACUGAACCAGGGGCUCCUUUAGGGCAAGCGCCAGUUGCCAAAGCACGCCGAGGACGUAAGAGGAAAUCAGAGCAGGAUCCGCCAAGCACCCCUAAAAAACGUGGACGCAAGCCAGCAACUGUUUCACAGUCAACAGUGGGGACGGGGUCUGCUGCUGCAUACGCCGCUGCAGCCAUUCUCACCGCCGAAGCCAAGAAAAAAGCCCUGAAGGAGUCUUCCGCUAAGCCUGUUCAGGAGAGGGCUCUUCCUAUCAAAAAACGCAAAACCCGAGAGACUUUAGAGGAGCUGGAGGCAUCCACCACCUCAGCGACAGAGACCUUUGAGAAACGACUGACUGCAUCAACUGUGACCCCUACCGGGGAGGAGGCAGAAACAGGACAGAAGCCUCACAAGCAUCCCAGCCGGAAGCACAAAGAGGCAGAUCCGGGAAGCAGCAGCAGUGGGACGACAGCCAGCGGAGUUGCACCGAAGAGUCACAAGAAGAGAGAUCAGCGAGGGCAGCACUUUAAACACCACCACCACCAUCAUCAUCACCACCAUCAACACCAACACCUGCAGGCCUCCACACCCUCCACCUACACUCCGCAGGCUCACCAGCUCUCCCUGGGUCACUCCACGCACGGCGGGCUGGAAAACGAGCCGCAGGACUUGAGCACCUCCAGGCCCAAAGCGGAGCACGUGGCCUGCAGGGAGGAGGCCAGAACUGGCAGCUCCUCGAGUAGGGACUCCCAGAACGCAAGCAAGAUGGCUUCCAUGACCGUGACGGGGGAAAGCAAGGAGCUGAGAGACAUUGUUCCUCCCUCCGCCGUCCCGAGGCCGAGUCGAGAGGAAACGGUGGAGUCCCGGACACCAGUGAGCGAGCCAGUGAGCUGACUGACUUAGUGACCGAUCGUCAGAGGGUUUAUGCGCAAAGAGGCAGCGAGACGAGCGAUUUUUCGUUCUUUUUUACCGAGGAAAAAA